UGGGUGUGGAUUAGGAAAAGCAAGAUACUGACACCCACACCCCACACUCACACUACACACCCACACAUCCACACCUACACACCCUCAUCCCACACCUCCACCCACACCCUCACCGCUCAAAUCGUAGGUUUUAUUUCUCUAAUAAAUCUAUUCUUUUUUUUUUUAUUUAGACUCAUCGAAUCAAUGAUCAAACGGUAGGUUAUAUUUAAUAUAAUAAAUUUACUCUUUAUUUUUUUAGACUCAUCGAAUGAACAAUCACAGGAUGAUGAUACUGAACAUAAUGACAAAGAUGAACCAGUCGGUGUUUUCCGUUUAUUUCGGUUUGCAAAUCGUAUGGAUUUUGUCCUGAUGUUUAUUGCUGCAUGUUUGGCAGUAGUGGACACGACUUGCGCUCUCGUUAUUCCAGUUCUCUUUGGUCGACUUACUGGAAUUUUUGUUACUGAAGCAUUUGGUGAUAAUUGUGAUUAUCAACACCAAAAUUCAAUAACUUCAAUGAAGAACAACAAUACAUAUCUUCAAGCCAUAGAACUCAAUAUAUUCAACAAUGAUUCGUCAUAUAAACUGCGCCAUACGAUGGGUGUAAUUUUAUCAUCAACCUCAGCAACAUCAGUGCCUUUAUUUCGAGAAAAAAUUAUGAACAUGGUUUAUUGGCUAUUCAAAGCUCGAGGUGCAGCAGCAUCGGUGUUUCGACUUAUUGAUGAGGGAAAUGAUGCAAGUGUCAAUGAAAUAGAUAUAUGGAAAGAGGAUACAGAAGCUAUUUAUAAUAUCAAUGGUGAUAUUGAAUUUGACAAUAUCAACUUUAGCUAUCUAUCUCGAAAAGAUGUACCAGUUCUGCGUAACCUCUCUCUUAUUGCUCGUGCUGGCCAGACAACUGCUCUCGUAGGUUCAAGUGGCAGUGGUAAAAGUACAUGUAUAUCACUUUUUCUUCGUUACUAUGAACCAUCAUCGGGUCGAAUAAUGAUCGAUGGUCGACCAAUAACAGAUUACAAUGUCAAACAACUUCGACAAAACAUUGGAGUUGUUAGUCAAGAACCUAUUCUGUUUGGUACAAGUAUUUAUGAAAAUAUUCGUUUUGGUAAAGUAAAUGCAACACAAGCAGAAAUUGAACAAGCAGCACGAGAAGCAAAUGCACAUAAUUUCAUCAUGCAAUUACCAGAUAAAUAUGAAACACUUGUUGGUGAACGUGGUAUACAGCUAAGUGGUGGUGAAAAACAACGUAUUGCAUUGGCUCGUGCUCUUGUCAAACAGCCUACUUUCCUUUUAUUGGAUGAAGCAACAAGUGCACUUGAUAAUGUUAAUGAAAAAAUUGUUCAAGAAGCACUCGAUCGAGCAUGCAAAAGUCGUACAACUAUCGUUAUUGCUCAUCGUUUGACUACAAUUCAAAAUGCUCAUCAUAUAUAUGUAUUAGAUAAUGGAAGUGUGAUUGAGCAAGGUAAACAUGAAACAUUAAUGGCAAAAGAAGGAGGCAAAUAUCAAUCAAUGGUCAAAUGUCAACAAAUGGAAAGAAUCAAUGAUGAUCAAGAUGAUAUGAUGAGCAUACAAAAAGCGACAGAAGAAGAUGAAAAGUCGAUAUUUAAACGCUGUCGUUUACUUAGUGAUAGUCAAAUUGUUGAUGUGAACAAAGCAUUCAAAUAUGGUUCAACAUCUGAACGACAUCGUCAUGUGUUGAUUACUAGUUUGUUCUUUUUGCUUUUGGGUGCUCUUGUAUGGAUUCUUCGUUUCUGUCAAUAUACAGCUUUCGCCACAGCAGGAUCGAAAUUGACGCAGCGUAUUCGCUCGAAAGCUUUUGCAUGUCUUCUUCGUCAAGAAGUUGCUUAUUUCGAUCGACCUAAAAAUAGUUCUGGUGCGAUUUGUGCUCGUCUUUCGUCUGAUGCAUCAGCUGUUCAAGAGAUGACUGGUCAAUAUAUGGCUCUUGUUGGCACAUCUGGAUGUGGAAAAUCAACAAUUAUUCAACUGUUGGAACGAUUCUAUGAUGUUACAAGUGGCCAACUACUUAUUGAUGGCAUUGAUAUUCGACAACUAAAUCUGCAUUGGGUUCGUUCUCAAUUCGGUCUUGUCAGUCAAGAACCAAUUUUGUUCGAUUUAACAAUUGCUGAGAAUAUUGCAUAUGGUCUAGAAAAUGUUCCAAUGGAAGACAUUAUCAAUGCAGCAAGAAAAGCUAAUAUUCAUCAAUUUAUUGAAAAAUUACCUCAGCAUUAUGAAACAAAAGUAGGGUUGAAAGGCAGUUUUCUGUCAGGUGGUGAAAAGCAACGUAUUGCUAUUGCUCGAGUUCUUCUUCGUCAACCUAAAGUAUUGCUCUUAGAUGAAGCUACAAGUGCCAUGGAUUCGCAUAAUGAACAAAUUGUACAAGAAGCUCUUGAACACGCUCAAACAGAAGAUUCUAGUCGAACAUCACUCAUUAUUGCUCAUCGUCUUUCAACUAUUUGUUCAUGUGAUUUGAUUUCUGUACUUGAUAGAGGACAUAUAGUAGAGAGUGGUACUCAUACAGAACUGAUACAACAAUGUGGUGCUUAUUAUAGAAUGCUUACUCAAAACAAUUUACAAUGA